AUGGGUGUAGCAGAAAAAGAGAUAUUGCCUCUAAAUAGCGUUAGCGUACGCGCUACUGCGACUGAACACCACCGUCGCAAGGCCGCUUUUAGCUUCCUGAAAUUUUUCUGCACACGACUUUUACCUGCUUACCUGUUCGUGUAUUAUGCUUUUGGCUACUCUGCCAAGUAUAUUCUCUGUCGAGUGUCUUAUCUCCAUCAUCCCCGGCGUUACUGUACCUGCGACAACAUUUGUGAUACAGGAGUUAUAACCACACUUCCGACACACUACACGCUCCCAUCGGGUGACCAGAUUCCUGCCGUUGCACUCGGUGUUUGGCAGGCCAGCAAAGGAGAGGUAGGCCAGGCGGUGGAGGCUGCACUCAAGAGCGGUUAUAAACAUAUCGAUGGUGCAUGGAGAUAUGCGAACGAGGCUGAAGUAGGGCAGGCAAUAAAAAACAGCGGAGUCCCCCGAGAGGAACUUUGGCUUACAUCUAAGCUUUGGAAUAGCUUCCAUGCUCCAGAGGACGUCGAAUCCGCUCUAGACGACACCCUCAAUAACCUCGGCACGGAUUAUCUUGAUUUGUAUAUCAUUCAUUGGCCGAUCGCCUUCAAGAAGGACAGUACAGAGUUGGACGAGGCCCUUACCGCAGACCCAUAUCCGACGUGGAAGAAGCUGGAGGAGAUGGUAGACAAAGGCAAGGUUCGCAACAUCGGUAUCAGCAACUUCAACAUUCCGCGGGUGAAGAACCUCACCGCAAACCCGCUUAAGUAUCAGCCUGCAGUCAAUCAGGUGGAGCUGAACUACUGGAACCCCCAGCCCGAGUUGCUUGAGUGGUCCAAGGAGCACGGCAUUCUUCUCGAAGCAUACUCUCCGCUCGGGAGCAACACGCAGGUGAAGGACACACUCGCCAUUCCAGAGGUGCGCGAGAUCGCGCGGGAGUUGGGGAUCACACCUGCACAGGUGAUAAUUUCCUGGCACGUCCAGCGCGGAACGGUUGUAUUGCCCAAGAGUGUUACACCCUCCCGUGUUGAGGAGAACUAUCACGUGUACCCGCUUCCGGACAACCUGUUUCGUAUCUUGGAGAAGAAAGCGACAGCACACCCGCCUCAGCGCGUGGUGAACCCGUCUAAGGCCUACAACCUCUCGUUUGAUAUUUUCGAUGACUAUCCGUACUAA